AUGUUUAUCGGUGGUUUAAAUUGGGAGACAACAGAUCAAUCUUUGAAAGACUAUUUCUCGCAGUUUGGAGAAGUACAGGAAUGCACUGUUAUGCGCGAUAGUGCUACAGGCCGAUCCAGAGGGUUCGGUUUCCUAACUUUCAGGGAUCCAAAAACUGUAAACACCGUGAUGGUCAAAGAACACUACCUGGAUGGAAAGAUUAUCGACCCCAAACGGGCUAUUCCACGUGACGAGCAAGAAAAGACAAGCAAAAUUUUUGUUGGAGGUGUCAGUCAAGAGGCAACCGAGCAGGAUUUCAAGCAAUUCUUCAUGCAGUUUGGCCGAGUCAUUGAUGCUACCUUGAUGAUCGAUAAGGAUACUGGUCGUCCGCGUGGGUUUGGCUUUGUGACCUUUGAUAGCGAGGCUGCUGUUGAAGCCGCUCUUUCACGCCCUCUUGAGAUUCUCGGCAAACCUAUCGAAGUGAAAAAGGCUCAGCCAAGGGGAAAUUUACGCGAUGAUGGUGAUCGCGGGAAUCGCCGCGGCAGAGAUGGUUUCCGGGACAGCAAUCAGGGUGGAGGCGAUGGUUCUCAGCAGCAGCCUGGUGCUCAAGGACAGGGCGGCAUGGCUAGUGGUCUUACCCCACAAAUGAUGGCUCAAUAUUGGCAACGCAUGCAGCAGUACUUUGCUUUGAUGCAACAGCAAAUGGCCGUCGCCGCUGCCCAGGGCCAAAACAUGGGUGGCAUGGGCAUGGCUGGGAUGACCCCCGCGAUGAUGCAGCAAAUGCAGAUGAAGCAGAUGCAACAGAUGCAAAUGGGCAAUAAUCAACAAUCAGCAAGCAUGAGCCCUCCCUCCCAGAGCGCCACUCCUCAGAUGCAGAACAUGAUGAACCCGGCCAUGAUGCAGCAGAUGCAGCAGAUGCAAAACCAAGGACAGGGAGGACAAAUGGGGAAUGCUAUGGGUGGUGGAAACAUGAACAUGGGCGGUAACUACACCGGCGCACGUGGAGGACCCGGUUACAAUGCUCACGAACAGAUAGCAUUUGAGCAACAAAAGUACGAGCAGCAGCAAGUUCGCCGCGCAAUGGAGAAUCGAGCCUUCUCCCCAUACCAGCAAGGAGGCCCGACCUCGUGGGAAGGCAUGUACGACGAAGUGCCCCAGCCCAACAUUCCCACCGGACCCCAAGCUAUGAACCGUGCCGGCAGCAUGGGACGCGAAUCCGGCCCGACCCCCCAACCUCAAAGCGCAGCUCCUGCCAACGCCCCCACAGGCCCCAAGAACGCCGGUAAACCUGGAGCAAACUACCGUGGAGGAGGACGCGGAGGCCACCGAGGCUUCCAUCCCUACGCCCGAGGCUAA